UAAUUGGUCAAAUUUAUGGAGCUCCUCUUGCCAGUGAAAAUGACGUCAAUGAAGAUUAUUUACUGGAAGACAUGGUCUUUGAAGUUCUUAGAAAUGGUGUCGUAGCUCCGGCCAGGAGAUGGCCCAAUGGAAUAGUCUAUUAUCGGAUAUCUGAUGAAUUUGAACAAUUCCAUAAGGAUGCCAUUCUAACGGCCAUGAAAUGCCUUGAAGAUGUGUCCUGUGUCCGUUUCUAUGAGGCCAAGAGAAAUGUCAAAAAUUAUGUCAACAUCAUACCCUCAGAGAUCGGAACUUGCUCUGCCAUGUUGGGUUACCGUGGAGGUGAACAACGGCUUCAAUUGGCCAAGGAAAGACCAAAAUGUUUUAAUCCCAUAAUUGUGGCCCAUGAACUGUUGCACACCCUGGGAUUUUUCCAUGAACACAUGGCCUCUGAUCGCGACGACUUCAUAACGAUCAAUUGGGAAAAUAUCAGACCGGGACGGGAAAUAUUUUACAUGAAAUUGGAUAAUAAAACUGCCACCGACUUUGGCUAUGGCUACGAUUACGAGAGCAUUCUACAUUAUGGGCCGAUGAGUUUCUCAGAUAAUGGCCUGCCAACAAUAACAGCAUUGGAUAGCAAUGCCAAUAUUGGUCAGCGGGAUCAUUUGAGUCCCAAAGAUAUUGGAAAACUGAAUGCUAUGUACAAUUGUCCCCUGAAAGUGGAGGAGAAUGAAAAUCAGGAAUCUGGGCAAACCGAAGAUGGUGGUGGACCAGCUGAGGAAAGUGAAGAGGGCGAAGAUGAAAGUCAAGAAACAGAAACAGACGAAGGGGAAGAUGAAGACGAAAGUGAAAACAAAACUGAUGGUGACGAUGUUGUAGAAAGCGAAGAAAGUAUAAAUGAGACUGAUGGAGUUGUGAAAGUAGAACUAGCCAAAAAGAAAUACAUUCCAAGUGAAAUAAAUGAGAUCUGA